AUGCGCAGCAGUCUUCUCUCCUCUUUCGCAGCCCUAUCGCUGGCGCUGCCCACAGCCCUCUGCAAUAGCAUCACCUGCAACUUCACCUGCAUCCAAGACUCCGAAGUACAAGGCAUCUCCUCGCGCUGGCUCAACUCAUUCGCCACCGGAGGCAUUGACGGGCUCGCCAAUGCUGUCACUGACGAUAUCCACAUCUACGACGAAGGCGCCACAAACGGCAGUCUCGCCGCCUACGUGACCAACUACCAAGAACUCCACGACACCAUCACGCUUGGCCCGUACGGCGGAAACGGCGUUCAAGACGUGACGUACGAUGUUGUGUUCACGUUCCAUACGUGUGAUCGUAUUGCGCUGCGGUGGCAGCAGAAUGUCAUUACUACUGAUAUGAUUGGAUAUGGGAGUACUGUCCCGGCUGGCAAAGCGAUUUCCUUCCGUGGCACAGACCUCCUGACUAUCAACCUCGAGAGCAAGAAGGUCAGUAAUGUCACAACCAGCGCGGACCUGUUGGAGUAUUAUCGCGAUUUGGGGUAUGAUUUGGGGGUGUGGACGGCUUGA